AAUGAUUAUUUAUAAAUUUUAAUGGGUAAUCAUGUAUUGUAUGUCUUAGUAUUGAAACUUUCUUUGCCCUAGCUUACGUAUCCAACUACCUUGAUGAGUAUAACAUCAUAACUUUCGACUGGUUUACGAAUUUCUAUAAAUUCUUAUAUGUAGCCAGUGAAUGUGAACCUGCGGGACUUGCAUUAAGUUAUUUUUUGACAAAACUAGUCGCUUUGAAGCUUAUUAUGCCUUCUAAUAUACACAUGAUAGGACAUAAUCUUGGUGCUCAUGUUCUUGGUGUAUGUGGAGCUAAUUUUUAUAAGUUGACGAAAAAGAAAAUCGGUAGAAUCACAGGUUUAAACCCGAAAGGACCAAUGCCUAUUAGUCCAUGGGAAAGAUUGAUGAAUUUAAGAAGACUAUUAAAGAAAGAUGAUGCGGAAUUUGUGGAUCUGAUCCAUACGGCAAAAGUCGAUAAAUUUCCUAGAACAACCGGACACGUUGAAUUUUAUCCGAACGGAGGAAAAACUCCUCAGCCAGGAUGUACUAAAGAGAAUAUUGAAAAUAAUAUGAAUGAUCCUGAAAAUGAAGAUGAUGAGACGAAACAGAUAUUAGAAUUGUUUUGCAGUGAUGCAAGAUCUUAUGAAUACUACAAUGAAUCGAUAACCAAUAAAUCGGCUUUUUUUAGUAAAUUAUAUGAUCCAAAGACCAAACAAACAAUGAAAAAUGAAAAUUUACCAACCAACCAUAUGGGUCAUAAUGUAAAUAAAGAUAAUCGUGGUCAAUUUUUUUUAACGACGAAUAAAGAGAGUCCAUUCAGUUUUAAUUCAAAUAAGUAGUAUAAUGAGUAAUAAUAGUUGUUCAAGAUUUAGAUGAAGCAUAAUAAAAAAUUAUUUUUUCAAACAACGUAUGUUGCUUUCAAUAACAUAAUAUGAUUUAAAAAAUAUAUUAAA